AUGGCCGGCCCGGGCCCCACCUUUCCGCUGCACCGGCUCGUCUGGGCAAACCGGCACCGCGAAUUGGAGGCCGCGCUGCACAGCCGCCAGCAUGACAUUGAGCAACAGGAUCCCCGGGGGCGGACCCCCCUGGAGCUGGCGGUGUCCCUGGGGAACCUGGAAUCUGUGAGAGUCCUUCUUCGGCACAAUGCCAACGUGGGCAAGGAGAGCCUCCAGGGCUGGGCAGUCCUGCAGGAGGCCGUCAGCACUGGGGACCCGGAGAUGGUACAGUUGGUGCUUCAGUACCGAGACUACCAGCGGGCCACCCAGAGGCUGGCCGGCAUUCCAGAACUGCUCAACAAGCUUCGCCAGGCCCCCGAUUUCUACGUGGAGAUGAAGUGGGAGUUCACGAGCUGGGUGCCCCUUGUGUCUAAGAUGUGCCCAAGCGACGUGUACCGCGUGUGGAAGCGUGGUGAGAACCUGCGGGUGGACACCAGCCUCCUGGGCUUUGAGCACAUGACCUGGCAGCGUGGCCGCAGGAGUUUCAUCUUCAAGGGCCAGGAGGCAGGAGCCCUCGUGAUGGAAGUGGACCACGACCGGCAGGUGGUCCACACGGAGACGCUGGGGCUCGCCCUGCAUGAGCCGGAAGCACUGCUGGCCGCCAUGCGGCCCAGUGAGGAGCACGUGGCCAGCCGCCUCACCUCUCCCAUCGUCUCCACCCACCUGGACACUCGCAACGUGGCCUUUGAGAGGAACAAAUGUGGUAUCUGGGGCUGGCGGUCUGAGAAGAUGGAAACUGUGAGCGGCUACGAGGCCAAGGUGUACAGUGCCACCAAUGUGGAGCUGGUGACACGCACACGCACUGAGCACCUCUCUGAUCAAGACAAGUCGAAGAGCAAAGGGGGGAAGACACCAUUCCAGUCCUUCCUGGGGAUGGCCCAGCAGCACGCCUCGCACAAUGGGACUCCUGUACAGCAGGCGGCCAGCCCCACCAACCCCACGGCCAUUUCCCCCGACGAAUACUUUGACCCCAACUUCAGCCUGGAGUCACGGAACAUCGGCCGACCCAUAGAGAUGUCCAGCAAAGUACAGAGGUUCAAGGCGACCCUGUGGCUAAGUGAGGAGCACCCGCUGUCCCUGGGGGACCAAGUGACGCCCAUCAUCGACCUCAUGGCCAUCAGCAAUGCCCACUUCGCCAAGCUGCGGGACUUCAUCACCCUUUGCCUCCCACCUGGCUUCCCCGUCAAGAUUGAGAUCCCCCUUUUCCACGUGCUCAACGCCCGCAUCACCUUCAGCAACCUGUGUGGCUGUGAUGAGCCCCUGAGCUCCGUCUGGGUGCCGGCCUCCAGCUCUGCAGCUCCAGGGAGCCCCUUCCCGUGUGAGGUGGACCCUGCUGUGUUCGAGGUGCCCGAGGGCUACAGCGUGCUGGGCGCAGAGCGCAGCGAGCCCCUCAGAGACGAGGACGAUGACCUGUUGCAGUUUGCCAUCCAGCAGAGCCUGCUGGAGGCCGGCACGGAGGCAGAGCAGGUGACUGUCUGGGAGGCCUUGACCAUUGCCCGGCCUGGCACCCACCCUCCUCCCCAGCCCACGGCGUAUGAGGAACAGCUUCAGCUGGAGCGAGCCCUCCAGGAAAGCCUGAGGCUGUCCACAGACCCUGGGGGCCCAGCCUCCCCGCACAGGACACCCCCUUCCCCAGCACCCCCAAGCUUUGAGGAGCAGCUUCGCCUGGCCCUGGAGUUGUCUUCGCGAGAGCAGGAGGAGCGGGAACGACGGGGGCAGCAGGAGGAGGAAGACUUGCAGCGGAUCCUGCGGCUGUCGCUCACGGAGCACUGA